AUGGAGCUUUUAAAAGAACUUAAGAAGAUAGACACUCCAGAUUGCGCAACGGUAUUGGAUUUUAGAUCCUUAUACCCAUCAAUAAAAAUUCAACCUUGUUUUUGUGCGCUCAGGGACUUCCUCCUCUCUAACAUAGAGGACACCACAUUGCACCACGAUAUACUCAAGUUAGUGCAUCUGGCUUGUUACAAUUCCGUAUUCCAAUUCAAGAACACCAUAUACGAGCAAGGAAGAGGAGUACCAAUGGGAAGUCCACUAUCUGGAGAUUUAUGCGAAAUGGUAAUCAGGAUAUUAGAAAGCAAAGUCCUUCCCUCUUUUCUCCCAAGUAUUAGCAUGUACAGAAGAUAUAUCGACGAUAUAAUUAUCCUUUGGAAAGCUGAGCCAGAUAUAGAUCAUUUUAUGAAAUCUAUGAACAACAACCCAUAUGGCCUCGUAGUGGAACUGGAACAACAUAGUAAGGAUAAAGUACACUUCUUGGAUAUAGUUAUAGAUAUGAAAGAAAGGGCGGUACAAACUUAUGUAUACAGAAAACCUACAGCGAUAUCAACGUAUAUACCUUAUGAAUCUUGUGACCCAUUUUCUUAUAAGAUAGCUGCGUUUAGAGCAUUAGUAGAAAGAGCAUAUACGCAUUCUUCCACCUCCCAAGCCCUCCAACGAGAAUUAAAUUACAUUAGGAAGAUCGCUAAAGAGCAUGGUUACAGCAAUAUUAUAAAAGGAUUAUGUAAGCAGCACUGGUGUUUGCAGAAUCGUGUAGAAGAAAAGGUAGAGGUACUAAAUGAUGGAAAUGAGGAUAGCGUAGAGAGGGUACCAAUAACGUAUAACCUGCAUCUAAAGGCAAUGUACGAAAAAAUUGCAAAAAUAAAAGGAAUUAAGAUUGCAUACAAAAGAAACCCAACCAUUUACAGUUUAUUAAGGAAUGGGAAAGACAAUUCGGACCCAAAUAGGCUUCCAGGGAUAUACAGUAUUCCAUUAAAAGAUAACAGAUGGGAUAGGCCUUUAGUGUAUAUCGGAUCCACCAAGCGUUCAUUGUCUACAAGAUUAAAAGAGCAUAAAUCAGACAUAGAACAUAAUAAAUGUACGACGGCCCUAUCUACGUAUGCGACGAACACCUUUCUUCGAUGA